AUGAAGCCCUUCCCAGGUCCAUAUCCAAAAGGUUCCCAAGAAAGAGCGUUUAACUAUCGAUUAAGUAGAGCUCGACGGAUUAUUGAGAAUGUGUUUGGUUUGCUGGCGACAGUUUUCCGAGUAUUUAGAAAGCCUAUUCCAUUACACCCUAAGAAAGUUGAAAGUGUAGUACUUGCUUGCAUUUCUCUACAUAACUUUUUAAGACGAAAUGCACAGUCAGUACUGAUGUACACACCACCUGGCACAUUUGAUAGUGAAGAUUUAGAUACUGGUUCAAUAACACCUGGAUCAUGGAGAGCAGAAACUGAGGGAAGUUUACUUGAUUUACAGCGCAUCCCAAGAAAUGCUUCUCAAGAAGCUAAAGAAAUCAGAAAAGAAUUCGCCAAUUUUUUUAUUUCAGAAGAAGGAAAAGUACCAUGGCAAGAAAGAUUUGCAUAA